AUGUUUAAAGGAUGUUCUGCGGUUAUAAUUACAAAUGAAGAAACUGUCUCUGCUUUGGCUGGUAGCAAUGUGACUCUAAAAUGCAGCAUCUUGCAAGGAAAAGAAACCCAUGUAACACAGAUUCAGUGGUCUAAGACUGUUGAUGGUCUAUCAAGAAUAAUAGCUGUAUAUAACCCUCUCUAUGGUACAAAAUAUUCUGAAGCGGCCUAUAGCAAUUCAGCAAGUUUUGAGAAAGGGUCCCAUGAUUGCUCAACCAACUUUGGCAGGACUUCCGAACAGGUUAAUUCUGUAGGAAACAACCUAGAAUGCAACCACUGGAUUCUACAACUGAAGAAUGUCACUCCUGAACUCUCUGGCUCCUAUGAAUGUAUCUUUACCACAUUUCCAAUUGGAACAAGUAGCUCAAAAAUACGCCUUUUAGUUAAGAAAAAAGAUUACAAGAAUUCUGUGUUACAAGCUUUACAUAACCAGACCUUAGAAAUUCCAUGUGUGAACAGUAUGCCUCGUUAUAUAAACCUGACACAUUCUUCUGUAACAUGGUUAUUGCAGAAAGAAAAUGGAAAUGAAGAGAUCCUAAUCACAAAACCAUCCUAUUACCUUCAAGGCUAUACAGCCCCUCUCACUGUGUACAAGGACAGAAUCCAAAUGAGUUCCAAAAAUGCGUUAUUGAUUUCUCCGGUGACAGUUAUUGAUGAUGGCAAGAAGUUUGUCUGUUCGAUUGCCGCUCUCUCCGGAAGAAUUCAGGAAAGUGCCACUCAAGUGAAAAUAUUUGCAAAACCAGAAAUCUCUAUUGAGUUCCAUACAGAUUCCAAAGGAAAGGCACGCUUCACAUGUGUGAUAAAGAAGGCAUAUCCAAAGCCAAAACUUAUGUGGUACAUGGGUGGAAAGAUUCUGAAUGAAAAAUCUGAAGGUUUAUUAAUUGAAAAUAAAAAUAUAAACCAGGUAGGAAGUUUUUAUGAAAAGACAUCAUUUUUGUCACUAUGGAAUAUAACUCAUUCAACUUUUAAUCAGCCCUUCAAAUGCAUGUCUGCAUACUACUUCACUAGAAAUGACAGAUGGAAAUUUUCCUCUAAAGAAAUACUUAUUCCUUAUGGAGUUCAGAAUACAUCACUGGCAUAUUCAGAAUUCAUUAGUCACAUUACUGCCAUUUCAGAUUCAACCACAGAAAAACACUUGCAUUCUACUAAAACCUUGCGAAGUGAUACUACUACAAAGUUAUUCAGUGACUUCACAGUACCCCAAAAAAUCUUGCAUUCUACCAAAACCCUGCAAAGUAGUACUACUACUAUGUUGCUCCGUGACUCCACAGUACCACAAAAAUCCUUGCAACCCCGGCAAAAUGAUACUGUUAUUACGUUGUUCGGUGAGACCAUGGUACCUCAAAAAAACCUGUCCAUCAGAAAAGUGACUGAACUAACCACAAUGAAUAGCCCUGCUCAUUCAUACACUGUAAAAGAUGGCCUUAAUACCGGUUCUGCAAUAAUUCCAAAACACAGUACAUUUCCCUGGCCAGUUGUUGUGUCAUUUCUGCUUUUUUUCUGCACGUGUUUAAUCAUUUGUGGAAUCAGAAAAUGGUGUCAGCACCAAAGAGAAAUUAUGAAUAAACCUCCAUCGUUCAAGCCACCUCCUCCACCAGUUAAGUAUUCCUCCAUCCAAGUCUAUAAUGAAAUUUACUCAUCCAGUGAUGAAUUGGAAAAUCUGAAAUCCGCCUGAAAAUCUAUAAAGAUCCAGCAUCAAACGGCAGGCUUCUAUUGUAUGGCUUUUAUAAUAAAUGGCAAGCAUUCACUGGUAGUGACGCACAUUCCCAUUUGGACUGCUUAAUGUUGUGUUUGUGCUAAAGUGUAUGACAUUUAGCACAUUCACAAACCCAGAUUGCCUUUUGUAAUUGGCACAUAAUGAAAUCAAAUAUAUGGCAAAUCAGAGCUAGUGAGCCUUUGCAGUGGAACUUUAAGUCUGUGUUCAAUAUACAAAUGUCGUUCAUUUGUUUGUUUAAAAGACAAUGAAUGCAUGAGCUAUAUGCAUGAUAUUGAUAAUCUCAACUAUGUUUCUUUACAUCUUAUAGCUACAUGUAGUGCUAGAGUGGAGAUGCUCACAAGAGUUACCUGUUUUUUCAGACAGUGGCCUAAAAUGAGAAAGCCACGUUACUGUAUAUGAAUAGAAAGCAUCAAUAAUAAAUUAGGCACAAAUGCAUAUAUUCCAUUAAGGAAUUCACUUCCACUGGCUGUAUGGUCAAAUAAAUGGAUUUACAUAAAACUGAGAAUGAAAGACACAAACUCCAAUAGAAGAGAAUAUGUGUAUCUCAGAGUUGAACUGUGGAGCCCUUGGUGCUAUUUGAGCCUGAUUAUUUGCCUGGGGAUGUUUCAUUACCCUAUUCCAGUGAUGGUGAACCUUUUCGGCACCAAGUGCCAAAAAGGGAGAACUUUGUGCCUUCUCGUCUGGGCCGCAACCAGGACAAGGAGCUGGAAACAGGGCAUGCGUGCACUGGAAAAUGAACUUCCGGACAAAAAGUCUUCUGGAUUCUGGAGCGCAUGCGCAUGUGAUGAUCAGCUGACUGGCAUGCAUGCUCACACCGGAAAAUAGAAGACCAGCUCUUCCAGUUUCCGGCACUGCCACACACACCAAAGCCAGCUGAUCAUCACAUGUGCAUACUCGCCAGAAUCCAGAAGAGGAACGGAUGACACUGCACAUGCCAGGUGAAAUGGCUCUAUGGCCCAUUCUGGGCAUGCAUGCCAUAGGUUUGGCAUCAUGGCCCUAUUCGGUAACUUCAAGUAAUCGUCAACUUAUAACAAUUCAUUUAGUGACCAUUCCAAGUUACAAUAGCAUUGAAAAAAAUAACAUAACCAUUUUUCACUUGAACGUUGCAGCAACCCCCCACCCUGCAUGCACCCUCCAUCCCCACACAUGCACA